UUUCAUUUCAAUUGCUGAAAUAAAAGCAUCUCCACCUCCACCUUUGUUCUGUUCAUAUGCAGUCAUGUGUAUUAAUCGUUAUCAUUAAUUCAUUAUACACGCUUAAUUUAGUUUAAUUAGAAGUUGUGCUUCUGAAGAAGUGAAGAAAUGGAGUCAGAUCUUCAGGCACCGAGUUCGAACGGGUUGACACGGUACCGAUCGGCACCGAGUUCAUACUUCACGGACAUAAUUGACCGCGAAUUCUACGAGCACAUUUUCAACCGUCCGUCAAGUCCAGAAACAGAGCGAGUCUUCUCCAGGUUCAUGAACAGUCUCCGUGACGAUGCUGCACCUGAAGACGAUUCACUCCAUCUCGAUUCUUCUUCUGUCAAAGAAGAACACGAUAUCACUCCCUCGCAACCUCUUCUUUUUCAACACCAGCAGCAGCAGCAGCAGAACAACGUCAAUAGCUUCAACUAUCAAAGCACGUCGAGACCGCCGUUGCCGAAUCAGAAUCAGAAUCUUGCUUCCUCCGGUGGUGUAGAAGGAGUGUAUUCUAAUAAUAAUAAUAACAAUAAUCGGUUGCCGCAGAUGAAGAAUCAAUCUAAUCUUGUUAGGCACAGUAGCUCACCUGCUGGACUAUUUUCCCAAAUUCACAUUGAAAAUGGGUAUGUUGUUGAUAUGCGAGGGAUGGGAACUUUAGGAGCAGUAAAUAAGAGUGUGGAAGAAGUGAAGUUCUCUUCUUCAAGGACAAGGAGGUUGAAGAAUCCACAGAACUACUCCUCCUCCGCCUCCGGGAGAAUGUCUUCAAUAGCUGAGAUUGGCAACAGGGAUAGCAGAGAAGACAAUCCAGAUGCUGAAGCUUUUGGAGAAACCCACGGCGAGGAUUUCAUCACGGAGUUCGCGCCCUGGGAUGAUUCCGUCGCCGUGAAUGACAUUGUUGCUGGUCUAAAAAGAUUCAGAGAUGAUGAUGUGAAGCCAUUUUCUUCUGGUUUGAAUGCAGCUGAGACUCAGAACGAAAGUAGAGGACAGCAAGCUGCUCCUUUGGCUCAUCAAAUGAGUUUGCCAAAUACUUCAGCUGAAAUGGCAGCCAUUGAGAAGUUCUUGCAAUUUUCAGAUUCUGUUCCGUGCAAAAUUCGUGCCAAGAGAGGCUGUGCCACUCACCCAAGAAGCAUUGCAGAGAGGGUUAGAAGAACUAAAAUAAGUGAGCGUAUGAGGAAACUACAAGAUCUGGUGCCUAACAUGGACAAGCAAACAAACACAGCAGACAUGUUGGAUUUGGCUGUCGAUUACAUCAAAGACCUUCAAAAGCAAGUUGAGACGCUUUCAGACUGUCAAGCUAAGUGUACGUGUUCUUCCAAGCCACAGCAAUAACAGGAAAGAGGGGGUGACAUUUAUAUCUACUUUUAGUCUUUAUGUACAGAUUUGUAAUAAUUUGGUUACGAAGCUAAGAUAUAGGGUAGGUUUUCUCUGUUUCUGCACUUUCAAAGAUGACAUUUAUGAUUAUGUGAACCCUUAAUGUACACAGAAGAAAAGAGAGAGAGAGAGAGAUAAAUUUAUGUGGCUGUGGCUGUAGUGUAGGAAGCCACACCAAUGUGCCAUCUUCUUCAACGGUUGAAGAAAAUUCAACCAUAAAAAGCGGACUUUUGAAGGCACAUGACAUUGGAUCUGUACAAAAUUUUAUUUUGUAAGUUAUUGCUUUGUAAGCCUUCAAGGGCCCCAUUUGUAGAACUCUUGAUCUGAUCUUGCAGUAUAUUAUGAAAAAAACUCAAAUUCAUUAAUAAUAUUAAGUUAUGAAUAUUGUUAGA